CUCAAUCCUCCCUUUCCAGCACACGUUUUCGGCCUUCACCUUGUCGAGAAGUUUUCGCUUGCCCUGACUCCUUAUGUCGCUCGAAUUCUCGACGUUCUUGACCCAAAUCAAUGACGCACUGAACAACGAGAAUGGACCCAAUCUGGCCUACCUACUCCACCCGGGAAGUCCACAUGGCAAGGACCUCGUGAAAAUCUUCAGAUCGCCCAGUGCCGCAUCGCUUUCACAUUACAAGGGGAGCAUCGUCAGUCCCUGGGACGACAUCGCCAUUCAAUAUGUCCUGACCUGCUCGCACAUCGCGCGAGACAGAAGAGUUGACGCGUUCAAGGAGCAUUCCCAGCUCGUCUCCCACUUUUUCCGAUUCUUCACAGAAAACCGCGGAUGGACACUUCCGGCCUUGUUCUCGGUUCUUCGCGACGUCCGAGAUAUCGCUUACGAGGCAGACUGGCAUGCGAGAGUGCAUAACCAGAACGGCGAAUGUUUGGAAGAAGCCGCUCGAACGGUAGCAAAGGCGUUCUCGAACUGCAUGGUGGACAGGGUGUCGCCUCCCGAAGAAUCCAGGAAAUGGGGCGUUUACUAUGUGGCUGGGCUCGCGAUGAAAUGUUACUUCAGGAUCAAACAUAUCUCGCUGACGAAAAAUGUCAUCAAAGCACUCAACAACACGCCCGACAUCCCUCCGUUGCAGAGGUAUCCACGGUCGCAUCAAGUGACAUAUCGAUACUAUCUAGGCAUGCUCGGCUUCUUAAAUGAGGAAUACGUGGAAGCAGAGAGAGAGUUGACCUUUGCAUUCUACAAUUGUGUCGUCGAGGCUCAGGAGAAUCAGACGCGAGUAAACUUUUAUCUGCCUAUUGAUCCUCGCCUGCUAAGCUUAGAACAGGCGAAUCCUGGCAUACCUCAUUCCUCUUCGGAUUCUUCGCGGGCACUUGCCAUCGGACCAAUCCGCGCGUCAGACAUCUCAGCAUUUGAUCGUGCAAUUGAGCUACGAAAGACUCGUCUGAUUGAGCUGAACUUGCUCCUUGCACUGGAAAGAGCGCGGGAGUUAUGUGUCAGAGGGCUGUUUCGCAAAGCAUGGAUUAUAUCGGAAAAGACUACGCGGAUGCCUAUCGCACUGUUCCACUCGGCAUUGGAGGUCUCCGGAAUCACGGUGGGCGUUGAGGAAGCAGAGUGCUUGGUUGCAAACAUGAUCUACAAAGGGUACAUGAGGGGGUACAUCAGUCACGCGAAGCAAAUGGUAGUUUUGGCUGCUGCCAACGCUUUCCCCUCUGUCGCAGAGCGUCUUUACCCCUACAAUCCAUUAUGACUUGCAAGCCCUCAUACCACGGGUUAUCUGACCGUGACUUUGAUGCUCUCCACGUCGUUGGCCCAGCUAGGAUACUAUUUUGCGCUUGCUUGGAUGUUUCAGACAGACGCCGUGAUUCUGAGGGUCCCCUCGUUGUCACACCCUCCUGGAUGCUAUCUCUCCAAUCAUUCAAUACCCUGUGCUACAUAGCCGCCAGUACCACUCAAACAUGCCGCAUCUUGCUAUCUGCAGCAUCACGCAAACCGCGCUCACCUCUUCAUUGACUGAUCACACAUACACCCCCAACAAGCAGCUUUCAACGACCGACUCCCGGAGACCGACGAACGAAACCAGGGAGAUGGAUCCCAGAGGCGCGAGGGCAGGGGAGUCGGAUGGACAAGCGAGCGGAGCGCAGGGACAAUGAGACUCAAACAUGCGCUCGACGUGCGCCCCGAAAUUGGACGUUCGGCCUCACCUCACGCAACACACCACACCUUUCGCGGCAUCUUCCUCCGGGACUUGUGUCAGAUAUACACUUGUACGUGUUAGCUCCAACGUUGUCACGUCUCUGAGCUCCAACCGCUGUCGCUGUGGGCGGGGCGACAGAGAUCCAGAUCAUUACCGGCACCCAGUUGAUCGCCAUCCUCGGCGGCGGCGCUGGUUAUCGGUUAUCGACGAAUCCACAUAUCGUAGAGGUCGUUGAGCCGGGUGAGCGGACGUCCGCCUCUAGAGUCCUCUGGGAUGGCGAUGUUCGGUGUGGCUAUAGGCUACAUCGACGGCGGGGUGGCCUGGGCGUUAGUCAAAUCCAAGACCCCGCUCCAGAUAACUUUCUGUUUACUCAUUCUAUCCACCCUCCUCACUGCCUUCCUCCUGCCGUACAUACCACCCGGCGGCUUCCCCUUGCGCAGUGGCACAGCAUCGAACCCUGUUUUUCCCGAUUGCGAUGUCGAAACGACCUCUUUCUUUUCGUUCCUGCGCCCACUGGGGAUCUUCUGGCCUGCCAAGUAUGCGGAUGGAAGCGAGCGAUUCUGGGGCGUGUCUCUCUUGGUCUUUGGUGAUUUCUCUUCUGUGAUGUCGAUGGGAUACGCGCCUCUCAUGCUGCAACUAACCGCGACCAACAAGUACGGCUUCAAGCUUGUCGACAAGGGCUUACUGCGCGCUGUUCUCUUCUGUUUUCCCAGGCCAUACCGGUACUUUACUAAAGAAAAGUGCUCUAGUGACCGGCGAAGCUGUUCUUCAGAAAAGCUUGUAGUCUACAAGUAGCUGAUCUACAGAAGACUACCGGGCCCUCAUGCAGCUUCGGCUAGCGAAAUCCGGCACCCGGUCCCGUUGCUCAUUGCCUUGCCGCCUCCCGCUCCCUCGCAUCAAUUCUCGGGCCCCCGCCCCACGCAUCAAAUCCUGCCACCUCCCUUCCGCAUCAAAUCCCGCUUCCUGUCAAUCCCUCUGCAUCAAUUCGGUUCGCCACUCACUUACAUAAUCAUGCUCGGCAUUGCUGCCCAGGGCCUCCUCCCGAAUCGGUCACCUGCAUCAGUGCAUCAUUCCCGUAGUUACGCAUCAUUCGCUUCCUAUCCCGCCUUGCUGGCUUCGCUUCAUUGAUCCUCCACCCUAGGGUCUGUAGCUUCUUGAGAGAUGUAUUUAUUCCUUAUGGUAGCCUUUUGUGUGUGACA